AUGAAUUACAAUAAUGAAUGUUCUUUAAAUUUGGAUAAACUUAAUAAAAGUGUAUUGAUGGAGGAAAUAAAGUUAAAAAGUUGUACCUACAAAGAUAGAAAAAAAAAAGAAAUAAUUCAAAAAAAAUGUUUUAUAGAAUUAGAUAAAACUGCGUGCAGAAUAGAAGAAAGGGAAAUAAAACAUAAAAAUAUUAUUAAUAAUUAUGAUAGUGUUCUAAAGAGUGAAAAUAAUAAUUAUAGCAGUGAUAAUGAUAAUGAGAUAAUAGAAGAGAAAAUGUUUAGCAGGAUUAAUGAUAAAAACAAUAGUAACAUAAUGUUAGUAGAUAUAGAACAAGACGAAAAAAAACGACUUGAUUUGGUAAUAAUUGAUGAAAAUAAAAAAUUAUGCAAUAAUUCAUUAAUUAGUAAACUAAAUAGUAAUUUAUUUACGCAAUUAAAAAAAGAGAUCAUUGAGGUAAAAAAUAAGAGAGAACAAGAAAUAAGUGAUAGUAGCAAUAUUUAUAACAAUAAUUUAAAUGAAAUUAGUGAUAAAAAAGAAGCUUUAAAUGGAGUUGAUAUUAAUAUGAAAUUAAAAAAAAGUAACUGUUUUUCUCUUUCACAUGUAAAUAAGAGUAUAGAAGAAAAUAAAGAAAUAAAUAUGUUAAGAAAUGAUAUAAAAAUGAAAAAUGAAAAAAAUAACAUAAUUUUAAGUAAAAUUUACAUGAAAUCAAUAAAUUUAAAUAAUAAGAAUGAUACAAAUAGUACAUUAAGACAAAAACCAGGUAAAAGAUCAAUAAGAAUAAAAAGCUUACAAUCAUCUUUAUUUAAAAAAUCAAUUUUUGAAAAAAUAUUUGAAAACUCUAAUGAACUAAAAAAAUUUGAUUUUCUAAAGGAUAAAAACACUUAUUUAAAGUUGUUUGAAUCAGCAAAAAAUGAAAAUAAAGAAAAAAGCUCUUUUUUAAAAAAAAUUAAUAGUGAAAGUAAAAAUAGUGAUGAAAUAAAAAUAUUUGAUGAAAAUACAUAUAAAAAUGUAUUUAUUGUUAUGAAAAAAUUAAAAAUUCCUAUGGAAGAUUUACAUUAUAUUCUUUAUAAUAUGAAAGAAAAUAAAAAUUUUCAAGAGGAAUUUGAAUAUGUUGAAAAUUUAAUACCAAAUGAUAAAUAUAUAAGUGAGUUAAAAAAUCUACAAAAUAAGUCAAAUUGGAAAGAUAUUGAAUCAAAGUUAAGAAACACGGAAAAGGUAUUACUUCCAAUAUGUAAUAUAAGUAGAAUAAAAAAUAGAAUAAGAAUUUUUAAAUUUUAUUACACUAUUGAAAAAGUAAAAAAUAAACUUCACGAAAUAUUCAACUUAUAUGAUAAAGUAUGUAAUGAACUUAAAAAUAGUAAAUUAUUAAUAGAAAUAUUUCAAGCAAUUUUGAUGUGGGUAAAUUUUGUAAAUAAUGGUGAUACAGAAAAUUUUGAGAUUAAAAGUAUCGAUUUGUCCCAUUUAAGCAAAUUAAAAUAUUUUAAAACAACAGGAGGUAAAUUUAAUGCUUUAGAUUAUAUUAUAGUUAACAUGAUUUCUUAUAACUCUAUUAGUAAUAUUAACGAUAUAAUAUACUUGCGUGAAAUAUUAAAAAAAAUACAUAUAAUAAAAGGAUGUGAAAUAUUAGAAGAAAUAAGUUAUAUCGAAAAGGAAAUAAAUCACAUAAAUGAAGAAAUAAAAAAUUAUAAAGAUGAGUAUUCCAAUGUAAUCGUCGUUUUAAUAAAAAUAAUGGAUAAAAGUAAUAUUAUAUUUGAUAAAAUAAAUAACUCUUUGAAAAAUUCAAAAGAAAAUAUAUUAUCACUUUCUUCUUUUUAUGGGUUUGAAGAAAUAUUAUUAAAUAAAGACAUAAUGAAAUUUCCAGCGUCUGAGUUAUUAUUUAAAGAAUUGUUUGUUUUCAUUGAUGAUGUUUAUGAUAUAAUGAAUGAAAUUAUUAGAAACCCGAUUAAAAUGAAUAUUUUAUUGAUAGAUGAAGAAAAGAAAUUAGGAAAUUUUAAAAAUAACGAAUUUUAUAAAAAAAAAUCACUUAUAUAUCAUAGUUCAACAUUUUAA